AAAUGACAGUCGGUGUGCAAAGCUGUGAACGGAGAGGCGUGAGACUUGAAAUCGAAUAAAUGUUUCGAUUAUAUUAAUUUAAUUAUUAGUGCAAUAUACUUAUUAAUUAGUUGAGGGGUUUACCAGAUAUUUGGUGCUUUCAAUAAAAAAAUGAGUGCCUCAAAUGGAGAAAAGAAACAGAUUCGUGUGUGGUGCGAUGGGUGUUACGACAUGGUGCAUUUUGGCCAUGCUAACUCUUUGCGGCAAGCGAAAGCACUUGGAGACGUGUUAAUAGUAGGAGUGCACACAGAUGAAGAAAUUGCAAAACACAAAGGACCCCCUGUUUUUACACAGGAGGAGCGGUACAAGAUGGUGAAGGCUAUAAAAUGGGUUGACCAAGUUGUUGAGGGAGCCCCUUACGUCACAACCCUAGAGACACUGGAUAAAUAUCAGUGCGACUUCUGUGUACAUGGGGAUGACAUCACAGUAACGGCAGAUGGAAUUGAUACAUAUCAUUUGGUCAAAAACGCAGGCAGAUACAGAGAAGUGCAGAGAACUGCCGGAGUGUCAACGACGGAUCUCGUGGGACGGAUGUUACUUCUAACCAGAGAACAUUUCAAGAUUCACGGCAAUACACAACAGAACAAAGAAGUGCAGAGAACUGCCGGAGUAUCAACAACGGAUCUCCUAGGGCGGAUGUUACUUCUAACCAGAGAACAUUUCAAGAGAGGUGACAAAGAGUACUCAGUGGCGUUGGAGCACUCGUCAAACCUCGGAACAGAUCGGACGGCGCGAUCACCGUACACUGGCUGCUCGCAGUUCCUGCCUACAACGCAAAAGAUCAUACAGUUCAGUAGUGGGCUUUCACCGAAGCCUACAGACAAGGUGGUGUACGUAGCGGGCGCUUUCGACCUAUUCCACGUCGGGCAUCUCGAUUUCCUGGCGGCGGCGCACGAGCAGGGCGACUUCAUCAUCGUAGGGCUCCACACCGACCUCGAGGUCAACCGCUACAAGGGCUCCAACUACCCCAUCAUGAACUUGCACGAGCGAGUGCUGUCUGUGCUGGCCUGCAAGUACGUCCACGAAGUGGUUAUCGGUGCGCCAUACUCCGUGACUGCAGAGCUGAUGGACCAUUUCAAGGUGCAAGUAGUGUGUCACGGCGACACUACUAUAGCGCGCGACGCUGACGGCUCCGACCCCUACGCUGUGCCCAAGCGGCGAGGUUGCUUCAAGAUCAUCAAAUCCGGCAACUCCAUGACAACAGAAGACAUAGUGCAACGAAUAAUAAGCCACCGCCUCGAGUUCGAGAUGAGAAAUAGUCGCAAAGAGCACAAGGAGAUCGCCGUCAUGAAGGCUAUUCAGAGCGAGCACCUCAAGCAGAACGGCACGUGCUUACAACAGGAGAGCUAAACUAAUACUGAACGUACUGAACUGUAAUAGACCAAAGGUUUCAAGUUGUGUGAAUUCACCGGCAGAGGUGCUAGUGUAGAUGAUUAUUUCAAAAUGUCGUACUCACUUAUUUAUAAACAUUCACUAAAGAUGAUAGGGCGAUAAAAAUCGUUUGUUGCUUUCCUACCAAUAUGUCGUAAAAAGUGACAAGCGAUUGUCAUUGACUUAUUAACUUAGUAUACGUUUAUGAAUAAGGGGUUUAGUUGACAUUCAGACCUACUGUGACUAAAACGAUAUUCAUAAUUCCGAUCGAUUAUUCCCGUUCGGUGUCACAAAUGUCACAACUCGAUUGGUAAAUAAGUUUGUAUAUCGUGCGUGACUGGUUGCAACUAGUUGUGUUAGAUUACGCGAUUGGCUAUCCCCAUUCGUUGUAAUCAAGUUAUUGCAAGAAAACGGACUCACAGUGAUCAAAAACAACGAUAUAAAACUCUUAAAGUUAGUUCAAUUGAGGACCUGAUAGUUUACCUUUUUUAGCUAAUUGGAAUCGAAUGAAUUAAAAUAGCAAGCUGUACUUGAUGUACUAUAAGACAGGGAUCGAACCAGCGUCCUCUGUAUCCGCGGCUGAUGCUUUCAUCCACUGGAUAAUCUAGUCAAAAAGUAUAGAUCAUAAUAUUGACGAAUAAAAUUGGCUGUAAAUUAUGCGGAACCUAAUGCUCGACUUUCAUUGCAACCGCCAAGUAUACAUAUGUUGUACAAAAGUAUUACUUGAUACUUGAAUGAGACUGUCUAUUAUAGUUCAGUUGUUAAAUAACACAUAUGCCUAGUACUCGUUACCAAAAAUGAAUGCUAUGUAGACAAAUUUAAAAAAUCAAUGCAACACAUGUAUAAAAAUACGGCAAUAGGAAAACCAAAGUUGUCGGAUCUGUGUUAAAACGCUUCUAAAGUUUAUUUGCUAUAUAGGUAAAUCAUGUAGAUAAAUUUAACUGUUUAUUUAUUGCGAAUGGAUGCGUAAGAGUGAAGUCACAUCAGCAUGGAGCCGCAUUUUAUGUAUGAGAAAUCGCUCGCUAGUAUGAAGACGAUUUGGCUUUGGAAAGCUGAAAGUAUGCGUAUACGCAUGUUCAU